AUGUCAGCUCUUGGAGGACACAUAAUUCCUGCUCCUUAUGCUCCGCUUGUCUUCUUUUAUCCUAUUGAGGAUGGUGAUACCAAUCUCCAAGUCCUGAAAAGAUUACAAGUGUUGAAGAAAUCACUAUCUGAAACCUUAACUCACUUAUACCCACUCGCAGAAAAGAUUGAAGAUGACCUCACCAUCAACUACAUUGAUGUAGGGGCUCAGUACGUGGAGGCCGAAGUUAAUUGUCGCCUUGCUGACUUUCUAUGCCAGCCAGAUCUCCAGGUGAUACAUCUAUUCCUUCCAUGCGAAACCAGUUUCAAGGGGUCAGUAGCAGGAGCUCCUGUGACUAACAUUCAAGUAAACAUAUUUGAAUGUGGUGGGAUUGCUAUUAGACUGUGCAUUUCAUAUAAAAUCCUUGAUGGGGCUGCACUGAGCACCUUUGUGAAAGGCUGGUCUGCCAUAGCUUGUGGGUCUAAAGAAGUUGUAUACCCUGAUUUCAUUGCAACUUCCCUCUUCCCCACAAAUGAUUUGUGGCUUAGAGAUUCAUCAAUUGUCAUGUGGGGUUCCUUAUUCAAGAUAGGAAAGUGUACCACAAGGAGAUUUGCAUUUGAUGCCUCGGCUAUCACUACCUUCAAGGUGAAAACAGCCAACAAUUCUGUACAGAACCCAACACAAGUUGAGGCUGUCUUUGCUUUCAUAUGGAAGUGUACUAUGGCGGCCUUAGAAGAAACUCGUGGUUUCCCAAAGCCUUCUCUGCUAAGCCAUGAAGUGAAUUUGGAAAGGAGAAGUAUGCUGCCCUUGACGGAACAUUCAAUUGGAAACCUCAUUUGGAUAGCAAGUGCGCAAUGCACAGCUAGGCAUGAUCAGCUGGGAUUAAAGGGCUUGGUGGGUCAGGUGAGGGAAGAAAUAUCAAAAAUUAACAAUGACUUUAUAAAGAAACUACGAGGCAAUGAACGGUUUAACGUGAUCUGCCAAUCUCUCAAGAUGAUAGAAGGGCCGGGCUCCAAAGAUGGAGGAGUGGAUUAUUUUGGCUUCACAAGCUGGUGUAAGCUUGGUUUCUAUGAGGCUGAUUUUGGGUAG